AGUAAGUACAAGGAGGGCGGCAGGAGGAGCCUCUCGCAGAGUUUCUACUCUCAGCUCCCCGAAACCACCGAGACUCAGUUUGCUAAAAGUGUUGCUGAGCUGCAGAGCGAGAUGCGGUAUAAGGAGGCGGGUAAGAAGGGCGUGAACUCGUGUUUGUACUCUCUUCUCCCGGAGACUUUGGAGACGGCUCACGCCAGGGAAGUGUCUGAGCUACUCAGCGAGGUGAAGUACAAAGAGGACGGUAAGAAGGAGAUGAGCAUGAAUCUGUUCUCUCUGCUGCCCGAAACCAUCCACACGCAACACGCCAAGGAGGUGUCGAACCUGCAGAGCGAGGUGAAAUAUAAAGAAGGUCUGAAGCAGAAGAUUCAGAGCAGUUUGUACCAUCAGCUCCCACAAACCACCGAGACGCAGCUCGCCAAACAGCUGACGGAGCUGCAGAGCGAG